CACACACACACACACACACACACACACACACACACAUACACACAAUGUCGAGGCGUGUUGGAGACGAGGAGGAGGAGAGCUACCGCCCUCCAAAGUUGCCAAAGACCCUGCAUGAGAAGGACAGCGCCAAGCGCUUGGUGGUCGUGCUGGAAGGCGCCUCGCUGGAAUCGGUCAAGGUUGGCAAGUCAUAUCAGUUGCUCAACUCUUCAGAUCACGCCUCUAUCAUUAGGAAGCAAAACCGCGACAGCAAGAACAUCCGACCUGACAUUACACACCAGUGCCUCCUGAUGCUGCUGGAUAGCCCAUUGAACAAGGCCGGCCUGCUGCAAGUGUACAUCCACACAGCGCGAAACGUGUUGAUUGAAGUGCAUCCCCAAACACGUAUCCCUCGUGUCUUCAGCCGCUUCUGCGGUCUCAUGGUGCAACUGCUGCAUGAUCUGAGCAUCUCCGCCAAGGGGUCGCCCCUGAAGCUCCUGAAAGUCAUCAAGAACCCAAUCACAGACCACUUGCCCACGGGCUGCCACAAAAUCUGCACGUCGUAUUCCAGCAAGAAGCUCGUGCGGCUGCGCAAGUUUGCCGAGGAGCGUGCCCCCGACAAGCCCAUCUGCUUCAUCGUCGGCGCUGUUGCCCACGGCGCCGUGGAGCCCGAGUGGGCAGACGAUGCUGUUGCCGUGUCUGGAUACGCCAUGUCUGCGGCAGGGGUGUGUGCGAAGCUUACAGACGCGUUUGAGGAGGUGUGGGGCGUACACUGAUGGGGGGAGGGUCAGGCGUUGGUGGACAUGUGCUGUGAUGGUGAUCAGUUGUGUGGUGGCUGGCUAGUGAUGGCGGUUGGGGUAUGUGCUUGUGCGUGUGUGUCGUCGAUUUUGUAUCCAUGCAAGAGGCCGUUUCUUCUCUUUUUCAGUCCAUCAUGUACAGUUUAAACACAACAAUUGAAACAAACACACGAGCCA